AUGUCCUUUUUUCUUUUCUUUUCUUCUUGGUUGUAUAUUCACGUCUGCUUUUCUUCAUGUUUGUUUCUAUAUUCCUGUCUUCUUUUCUUCUUCCUUUUUCCUUCUUUGGUUUUUUUUCUUUCUUCUUCCCUAUUUUUUCUUUCUCUCAUUGUAUUCAUUUCUGUUUUCUCUUACAUUUUUUUAUUUUAUAUUUAUUUCUUUUUUUCUCUCUUUAUGUCCCUCCCUCCCUCCCUCCCUAUUAAGACAAUCUUUUUGUUUCUGUUUUAUUUUCCAUUCUUUUUUCUUCCUUUUUCUUUUCAUUCAUCUCUUUUUUUCCUUCUUUACAUUCGUCUUCUUCUUCAAGCCAAAUAUUCACGUUUUAUUUUCUUCUUCUUUUACUUCGUCUCUUUAUUCACGUCUCCAUCUAUAUUCACGUCUUCUUUUCUUCUCCUUCGUCUAUAUAUUCACGUUUUCUUUUGGUUUACGAAAGGAUCAUUUUCUAACUUCGUCUAUAUAUCCAUUUUUUUUUUUCUUCCUGUUCUUCGUCUCGAUACUCAUGUCUUUUUUUUCUUCCUGUUCUUCGUCUCGAUACUGAUGUCUUCUUUUCUUCUUGUUCUUCUUCCUUUCUAUAUUCAUAUCUUCUUUGAUUGUCUAUAUUCAUGUCUUUUUCUUCUUCUCUGGCAUCAUUUUUCUUUCUCUCCUUCUUCAUAUUCAUUUGAUCCUGUUUUGCUCUCUUUCACGUUUUCUCUUCAGUUCAACUGA